AUGAGAGGCGUUAAGGCAGUGCCACCAAUGCAGCGCGCCAAGACUUCCCUGAAGACGAAAGAAGGCAUGACACUCAGGCAGAAUACGUACUGUCGACGCACCGAAGGUCUUGGGUUCCACGGGUGCGACUCGCAGGCCAGGCCACUCAGUAGAGGCACAAUGACGGACCUCUCUUCUUCAGAUGAUCUUGACUCUAAACUUAUAAGACAAAGGAUGGGCAUGACUGUGUCAGAUUUUCUCGCUGCACUCGGCGGUAGCACGCCUCGUGGGGAGUUUCGUGACCCAAUUUUCACUACGUGUUCCAAGAACUCCUCGGAAACUGACUGGUCCAUACGGUACAAGGCGUUGGGUUGCUAUGAUCGAGACAAUGCAACUGCUCCAUCGUCCGAGAGUGGAUCUAACGCCGUGGAUACUCGUCUACCCAACGAUUUGUCUAGUGAAGCUCGGUUGCGUGAGGAUAAAAUUACACCAGCUCAGCAAAAAGAGCUCAUUGAAACCCUUCAACUUUCGGACAGUGAUGAAGAAAACAAUGCUGACGACAAACGGUCAUCACCUCGGGAGAAGUCGAGGCCUACUACAUCGAAGCGGAAUGUCAUUGCUCAUAAUUCAUCCAGCUACGUGGAAGAGAGGCUUCUCAACUUGCCACAACUUAUAUCGCCUCUCCCCUCUGGAAAUAUAGCAUUGAAGGUAUCAGCUUCGCCGAGUUCUUUGAGACAAAAUACCCGCAAUCUUAAUGCGAAUGGUUUGGAUAAAUUGAAGCCUCGGAAAGGUACCCUCGAAUCCGGCGUUCGACCAGAAAAUCUCCAGAAGCCGAGCGUCUAUUCACCGCUAGCUGUUCGUAUAACUGAAGGCAAUGCUGGUUCUAGUCAUAAUCAAUACUCAGCGGACGCUAUUAGUGUUCUGACAUCUUUACCUGUCCAGCGCUUGAGCAACCAGGAGAAUGUUCCGUCGGUAGAAAAACAAGUGGGAUCAUCCGAACUGUUUGUGCGACGAGUUUUAGCGGAUGCAGAGGCAUUUUGCAAACCGCUUCAACAUUUACCGAGUAAUCUUCGCGGUGAUUGUAAAGAAUCAUCCGAGGAAGUGUCUCCAUUGUCCGAAACUUACAUUAGCUUAGGACAAUCCGUUGAUGAAACACUACCGUCGCCUCCAAAACGGCUGCUCCUCUCAAAGGAUUUAGAGACCUCUGUACCCUUGGUUUCUCUUGCUAGAGAGCAACCAUCCAACCCACGAAAGGAUGAAGCCAUUGAGGAACUCAAAUUUGCACACAAUUCCUCGUGGAUUUUAUCAUCCGUCGGAACAGUUGAAUUGCGAUCACGUCUUCUCUCUAUCCUUCCGGUCUCUUCCAAGAGCUCCUCUUCGUGUUUGGAUAAGUUGGCUUCUCUACGUUUCCUGCUAAGAAGUCUUCGAAUGACCAAUUCGGAUUCGCACAGUGUGACGACACGAAGGCUAACUGGUGUUUUGUUGGCCCCUGCCACUCCUAACCCAACUCCUCGAUUUGUCGAAAUAGGUACAGGAGUAACGCCUAAGCGAACCACAGUUUUUGCCACUCAAUAUGAAUCAAAAAGGCUGGUGAAUUCUGCCGCGCAAACAUCUCCUCGAACACAGGCUUCCGCCUUCACCAACACAAGCCCAUCUCAAUUAACAUCGAGACGGAUAUCGGUUUCUAUUAACACUGAACCGCUUCGUCCCGGUGCAAUGGAAAACGGUUUCUCGGAUGACUAUUCUGCCGACUACUGUCUCAAGAAAGUGCUUGGUAGUAACGAUGCCGUGAUGGAGCGUACAACUCGAAGUUUUGAGGAUAGUACAGAAGAAGAGCAGUUGACUCAAGCAAGCAAUUUGGACACCGAAGCCGCAACCUGCUGGAGCAAGUUGGUAAAGUUUGUGGCAGCCACCUCUUCUUCAUCCUCUUCCUCUGGCAGCUCCAUGCGACCCUUCGUUUGUUCCUGCGCGCCGGACACACAGCGUCUUAUUCACAGCCUCUUUAGCCAGACUGACUUCACCUCUUAUCCUGAGAAAAUUUUGGCCUCCACUCGCCACCUCCUUGUCGCGGCACUCAUGGCUACCUCGAUGCUGGACGCGAAGCGUCGCUAUGAGCAGGCCCUGGAAAGUCUGGCCAAGACAGCCUCUCGGAUGCGACGGGCGGAAUCUAAGCUCCUUCGCCGUGCUUGGGUUGCUACCCAGCGUAGUGGUGGUGUUGAUUUGCCUAUCACCGGCGUCGCAGACCUUGGCGGUGAUGCCAAACGCUGGUCUGACCUCUGGUACUCGGCUCUCGCGCGAGUGAGAGCCGUUGUCAGUGAAAAGUUCCAUCAGCUUAUCGCGGACAAGGAACAAGAACUGCGCAAAAGGAUCACCGAGGACCCAUUUUUGAAGCAUUUGAAAUUGCUCAACGCAGAAGAGGAUCUCUUGACUGUAUGCGCCUCUCCUUCAUCUACACCUUCGCGUAAUGGUUCAACAGAUGGUCGACCUCGUAUCCAGCCAAAGCCUGAUGGAUUUAACGAAUCUAAAUCAGAUAUGUGUGCAGUGCCCAGAUCAACACUGGAGCGUUUAGUCAAAGUCUUUCAAAUUACUUCAUUGGCCGGUGAAUCGAUGCGAUCCCGGCAGGAGUCUGAACUCAUCCUUCCUACGGACAGAUUUGCUGUCUUUGGUUGUGAAGGCACCAGGCAGCAGCAGUCACACCAGCAACUUCCCAUCUUCGUUGCUCCCGCUCCUUCCACCAACAUGACGCCUCUCAUCGUCUACAUCGAUAGCGUGCUCCAGCUUCAUCGGCAGCUUCUCUCGUGCCUUGCAGUGUGUCCCGAAAUGCCGCAGUACCAAACCUCGGGUACUUCCACUCCCCAAUCCAAAAAGUUGAAGUCUCCCCUUGCUCCUCCUCCGGCUCCCCCAUCCACUACCAAACACUCCACACAGCGGAAAGGUAAACAUUCAAAGUCACCUGUACCUCCACCACCCCCUGCAUUUGAAGAUCUUCCCAUCCGUCCACACGACCCGGUUGUGAGUAAACGCUCUAAGCACCGAAAACACCGACAAGGCAGCCAUUCCGAUGAGACCGACAGAUGCCUGAGCCUUCUCCCCGCACGCGUGGAAAACAUAAAUUGGAGGACGAGCGACCAAUGA